GGUAGUCCCCCGGUGUGUGUCCCAAAGAAGCGGCGAGGAGAGCAGCUGGGUCCUUCGAUCCUCGACGUUCAACCGGCGCGCAAGAUAAUACACGCAGGACAUUCUAACACCGACAAUUGUCAUCGUUUGCGCGCUCUCUCUCCCUCUCUCUCUCUCUCUCUCCUCUUUUUCUCUUUCUCUGUUUUUCUCUUUCUCUCUCUCUCUCUCUCUGUCGCGUAUCGUUCCAAUAAUUCUGCGGCACGUGUUACGUAUUAGAAGGUGUUAAUUAAAUUUUCUUCCUUCGCCAAAUCCCUCGUGUUUCUUCCCCCUUUUCUCACUCUUCGCCAUCACGUUCCUUCUCGCCGUUUUCGAUCGACGAGGAUCGUCGUGUAGUUUGGAAGUUUUGGAAGAAUAAGUUAACCCCCGGCAUAUCGAGAAAAACAGAGAGAGAGAAGAAGAAGAAGUGUGAGUUCUUCAGUUACAUCGAUAUCACGAGGGACAAGGCGGAAAAACAGUGCGCGCCCAUGCGUGUAUCGACGGGAUCGCGAGUACGCGUUACGGUGAUCCAGUUACGCGCGUUCUACACGCGAAGAAGAGGGAAAGGGAGACGAUUUCCUUGAGGAGAGAGAAAACGGUCCUCGGUCACGGUGUGAGUGAUGCUAUCUAUGGUACAUGCGCUACUAAAUCUCGUCUAACGUUUUCCUCAACCGACUCGUGUGUUCCCUGGGGAUCGUAUCUCCGCGCUUAUCCCAAGUGAUCGACGUACCUCCGUGGAUCUGAAGAGGAUCGUGAUCGGGAACGCAAGAAGAGCGCGAGAGGGAAAGUGCGCCACGUCAAUUUGAGAGAGAGUCGCGGGGAAGAAGAAUGAGAAGAUAGCGUGCGAGGAAGAUUUUUUUUCGUUACGCGGUAUCCACGUGUCUUCGAGAUUGUCUUUGACGAUCCAAGGGUGAUGUUUGUGAGGCGAGUGUGAAAAAUCGGAGAAAAUUAGGAUCCAUCGAUUAACGAGGCUCGACAGUGGAACAUGCGAUUGUCUCGUACGUCGUCAUACAAUCGUUAGCGAUCCGUUCGUCCAUCAGAGAUUCUUCCAAUCGAGACGUCGUAGAGACGUACGAUAAUCAGCAGGCAGCGGAUUUGUGAAAAUUGGUGAAGGAAAGCUGGUCGGAAGGAAAGAAACAAGAGAGAGAGAAAAAAAAACGAGAGACACAAGCGCAUCUGUCUCUACUCGGCGACAUUUCUGCACGGCUGGAAGAAAUCGGCGGAAGUUGGAGGAAAGACGUUCCUCCUCCCCGCCCAACGUCCGAUCCGUCAUCUUCGUCGUGUUAGAACGAUAGAAUCACGGGGCUUAGCAGCGACGACAAGGACGCCGGGCAAAGGAGGUCCAACACUUCACUUCUCGUUUGACGAUCAAGACAAACUGCGCGGCGAUAACGAGGGCACCGCCGGGAUUCAGUCAAUUGGUACCGCGCGUCGUCGGUGAAACGAUGAUAUUUAACUGCGACCCGCGUGCUACACAGUGACAGCCGGUGUGGAGGAAAAGGGAAGACCGGAAGACCGUCAGACCGCAGACGGAACCAGAAGUUGGAGGAUGGUGGUUUGAAAUCGACGAGACGACACCGGGAAGGCGACGCACGUGAGAGCGACUCUCUGACAGAUCCCCCACAAGGUGAAUAGACACAACGAUGGUAGAUACACAACAUUUUUGUCUGCGAUGGAACAAUUACCAGAGCAGCAUAACCUCGGCGUUUGAAAAUCUGCGGGACGAUGAGGACUUUGUGGACGUGACGCUGGCCUGCGACGGCAAGAGCCUGAAAGCGCAUCGCGUCGUUCUCUCCGCCUGUAGUCCGUACUUCAGAGAAUUGCUCAAGAGCACACCGUGCAAACACCCAGUGAUAGUGCUCCAGGAUGUAGCAUUCAGCGACUUGCAUGCCUUAGUGGAGUUUAUAUAUCAUGGCGAGGUGAACGUGCAUCAACGUUCUCUCAGUAGUUUUCUGAAGACGGCGGAGGUCCUCAGGGUAUCGGGCCUCACGCAACAGACCGACCAAACCGACAGAGAUGAGCUGUCGCAUGUCCGCGCGUUGGCGUCCGGCGGCGGCAAUCACCUGCCGUUCCACGAGAAGUCGGAGGAGACUUUCCCUCGCGGCGGCGGUGGCGGCUCGCCUACGCCUGUGACCCCGACGCCGACCACCGUGCAGCAGCUACUGCGCCGUGCCCAGAUACGUCGAAACGAGAGACGCACCCCGGACCCGCACGAUGAGUCGGCGAAGAGACCGCGGGUGCCGUCGCCGCCGCUCAACAACAACGACGCCACGCCCACGGACUUCUCGAUGGUCAAGAACAACCACCUGUCGACGAAGGUGGAGGGCAACGGGGUGCACGACGAGAACAGCCUCGUCGAGGAGAAUAUAAAGUGCGAGCCGUUGGAGUUGACCGGCGGUAACGGCGGCGGCAACGCCGGCAACGAGGACUCGUCGGAUUCCGGCGCCGCGGCGUCGGACCGGCCGCCCGCGUCCGCGAGCAGCAACGAGCACGAGCCCGAACCGGAGCACACGUCCGCGCAGAACUUCCUGCCGGAGAGCAAGCUCUUCACCUCGACACCCGGCAGCUUCAACUUUAGUAUGGCGGCGCUCACCACCGAUCACACGCCGUUGUCAGUGAAAUUUCCAGGGUUGGGCCAUGGCUUGCAGACGCCGGAUCUAGCGGGCACUUCGCAAGGUCUGUUGGCCGGCAGCGGCGCGAGCGAUGAGUUUCGAUGCGAGCCGUGCAACAAAAACCUGACCUCCCUAACGCGGUUGAAGCGGCACAUACAGAACGUGCACACCAGGCCCAGCAAGGAACCGAUCUGUAACAUCUGCAAGCGGGUUUACUCCAGUCUAAACAGUCUGCGCAACCACAAGAGCAUCUACCACCGACAGCACAACAAAAACGAGCAGCAGAGAAAGGAAGUAGCGCAGGCCCGCGAAUGGCAGAGAGACCAGAGAGAGCACACCGACAGAAAUUACUCUGCGCAGCAACAGCAACACCAGACUCAACAACAUCCGCGAAUGGGAUGAGAUUGCUCGCCGUUUGUUCCCCUCGCUUUCUCUCUCUCUACCUCUGUCAUGAAUUUUUUCAUCAAGAGGGUGUACCGAAUGUUCAUGCGAAACAAACGUAUAUGUUGCCGUUAUCGAUACGGAUUACGAUCCGGCGCGAUUCGAAAUUUGGAAAUUGACGCCGCGGCGAUUGAAAUAGGUUAUUUCUCGCCGUACAGCGGAAUAUGUAAGUCGACGAAUUCGAAAUAUAAAAAUCUCGGUUCUCUCCGUUUGUUACACCGUAUUCGAGCGACACUGGCAAAAAGACAGGCAGUGCAAAGUGCAAAACAAAGUCGAUCGAUCAUACAAUUAUACUUUGUGCGACUUAAUGUGAUCUAUUAUAGUAUAACAUCAAUCAACUUAUCGCAAACUAACGCGGAGAAAUUACGAAUGAGUUGAAUUACUUGAAUCGGUAUCGCGUUGAUGAAGCGAAUUUAAUCGAUUUCUAUUGCGAACGUAUGUCGGAUAGCUUUCUACCACCGUCUGAGGGAUGCACUCGCGAUAAAGUAGUCGUCGUCUGUAUAGAGUCUUCGUUUAUGACGAUGGGUUAAAUGUUAAAUGCAGGUCGGAUGAACGACGUCUUGAAAUAAAAUGCGUAACCGGAAAGGUGAUGAUGUGUCGCUUCGAGCACACGAGCGACCACGCGCACAAAGCUGCAUUGAUAUUUUUUAUGAAAAAUAAGAAUCAUCUGUAAAUAGCGUUGCAAAAUGAGCGAAGGGCCGAUGGUCCGUGUGUAUUAGAAUCUGAACGAUUACUUAUGUGAUAGGCAUAAAUCCUUCGAUUUUCGACAAGGGCUACGCGAUUUGUUGUUAUUUUUAUAUAUUAUUUAUGUGAUAAACACACACGAUAAUUGCAGACAAAUUUUGUUUUUCUUUUUUUUUUUUUAUUUUUUUCGUUUAGCGUCCUAUGUGGCGAUAUAAAGAAAGGUGCGGUACAA